CCUUUGUUUGCAUCCUCGUCCGCUCCCUGCGUGCUCUCUUUCUUUCUGUCUGGGUCUCGGAUGCUCGGCGAUCAGUUCCUCUCCCCUGUGUGUCUGCUCCGUGUUUCGAGGAUGGAUUGAUACUGGCCGCGUAUCUCUUCCUCGCUGUCUGCUCCGUUGCUCGGCGAUCCUUCAGUCUCCCCUGGGGAUGCAGUCUGCUCCUUUUCCCCGAUACUUUGGUUCUCCCCGCAGCUUGGCUCGUCACUCUGGGGCCGCUUCAUCGCCUCGCUCAUUCCACCCGUGGCUUUUACCGGCGCUUCCUUGCCCUAGACUGUCGCAUAGCCAUCAGAACCCUGUGCGCUCAGAGUACGACUGUCUGACUGCGUAUCCUGCCUAUCUAUUGCGCUAGCCCGACAGUUUUUCCCCUCAGCAGGUUCCGCUGCGAGGCGCCCGGUACCGGUGUAUAUAUGACUCUAUUUCCUUAUCUCGCUCGCUUUAUUCCUCUAUCUCUCGUCUCAUCCCCGCCCCCAUAGUCUGGAUCGCUGUUGCGGCGCUCCGCUAUCUGUCCUGCUCACAACCCCCUAUAGUCUGGCUCCUCGCACUCCACGCUCGAUUGAGGCGCCUGCCUAUUUCCCUCUACUGUCUGGCUCGGAGCUUUCGGCGCUCGCUCUCUCACCCCUUUGCGUCUGGGUAACAUCGGCAAUCGCUCGCUCUCCCCUACUUGGCGAUGAAUGGCCGCUGCUGGUCCCGGAGCCGCUGAGAGCCGAAGACCGCAAACGGAAGCGGUUACCGGGGGGAGCUGAGCGCGGCGAGAGCAAGAGGGGCCUCCCCGCUGUCCCCAGUCUCCCCUUUUCCUUGUCUCUGUUGCUUCCCGGCUCCCUGUCAUCAUGUCUCAGACGCUGCAGAUGGAGAUUCCCAACUUUGGGAACAGCAUUCUGGAGUGCCUGAAUGAGCAGCGGCUACAGGGCCUCUACUGUGAUGUGUCUGUUGUAGUGAGAGGACACCAGUUCAAAGCCCACCGGGCCGUCCUGGCGGCCAGCAGCUCCUACUUCAGAGACCUUUUCCACAACAGCAAAAAUCCAGUGGUGGAGCUGCCUGGAUCUGUCCAGGCUCAAUCCUUCCAGCAAAUCCUGAGCUUUUGCUACACGGGCCGACUCAGCAUGAAUGUGGGAGACCAGUUCCUCCUUAUGUAUACGGCCGGCUUCCUGCAGAUCCAGGAGAUCAUGGAGAAGGGCACAGAGUUCUUCCUGAAGGUCAGCUCCCCUAGUUGUGACUCCCAAGGCCUUCACCCCGAGGAGACCCCCAGCUCCGAGCCUCCAAGUCCAACAGCCGCAGUGGCAGCCGCAGCAGCUGCUCUCUCUUCUUCCUCCUCUUCCUCCUCAUCCCGAGCCCCCAAGGUGAAGACAGAGAGCCAGGAGUCGGAAGCCGUGCAAUGCACUCCAGUAGCCAAAAGACUGUGGGAAGGGGGGCAGAAGGAGGCCGGUGGAGCGGGGAGGAAGGUGGCCCGAUUCUCACAAGGAGGAGGAGCAGCAGGAGCAGCGGUGGGACCUGCAGGGCAAGUGGGUACUGCUGGAUCAGAGAGGACAAGCCCAGGAACUUCUAGCGCUUACACAAGUGAUAGCCCUGGAUCCUAUCAUGAGGAAGACGAGGAGGAGGAAGUAGGAGAGGAUGGAACAGAGGAGCAGUACAGACAGAUCUGUAACAUGUACACAAUGUACAGCAUGAUGAACGUCAACCAGACUGCUGAAAAGGUGGAGGCUCUUCCUGAUCCUGUAUUCUCAGACUCCCGGAACCGUGUGCGUGUCAGGCAGGAUCUGGCCACCCUCCCCGCAGAACUCAUCAGUCAGAUUGGAAACCGCUGUCACCCCAAAUUAUAUGAGGAGGGAGACCCAGCAGAGAAGAUAGAACUAGUGACAGGUACCAAUGUGUUUAUAACACGGGCUCAGCUGAUGAACUGUCACAUCAGUGCUGGAACACGACAUAAAGUUCUUCUUCGCAGGCUGCUGGCCUCCUUCUUUGACAGAAACACUUUAGCCAACAGCUGUGGGACUGGAAUCCGCUCAUCAACCAACGACCCCAGUAGGAAACCACUGGACAGCCGAGUGCUCCAUGCAGUUAAAUUUUACUGUCAGAAUUUUGCCCAGAACUUCAAAGAGAGCGAGAUGAACGCCAUCGCUGCUGACAUGUGUACGAACGCCCGGCGUGUGGUGCGAAAGAGCUGGAUCCCCAAACUCAAGCUUCUCAUGGCCGAGGGGGACGCCUACACCUCCUUUAUCAACGACACCGGCAAAAUGGAGCCUGACCUGAUGGGGGGCACUGCAGUUCCCGUGGAGCACGGGGCGGGAUACGACGGAGAGCCGGGGGAGGGGAUGCCGUGACUCCACUUCCUUGCUAUGUAGAUAAUCCCUCUGCCCCCCUUUCCAAGAGGAGGAUGAGGAGGGAGGACAAUAAGGCACUCAGGAGCUGGGCUAUCAUCUGUACAUCACUAUGGCUUGUACGCUGCUGCACGACGGUGGGACGGAGUGGAGGCACACAGUAUCGCUAUACACUGCUGCAUGAGGUACUCCGUAUCAUUAUACAGCGCCCACGUGUCCAUUCUCAGUAUACAGUUAUACGCAGUGUCAUUAUAUAACCCAGCGUGUCCAUUUUCAGUGUAUAGGGAUACUCGGCAUCGUUAUACGGCACGCGUCAUGCUUGUACAAAUCUGGAGAUACUCCAAGCCGCUCACUGGGACUGAACUGUACAUAGAUUGUCUGCAUCGUUUUAUAGUGCAGUUGAGGUAGAUACUCGAUAUCACUGGCCCUUUGAUAACCCAACUCCUGGGUUCCUGAUGCCCGGAGCAGAGAGACCCUUUUUUUUUUUAAUAACACCUCCCCCUGCGUUCCCCUUCAUUUCAAGCCCACCCGCCGAUUGGUAUGACCCACUCAUGUAGGGUAAGUUACAGGUUGGUGGGGGGGAGAGGUGCUGUGUAUGUGCGGAUGU